AUGUCGUCUCCCAUCACAUGCCAUGUUCUCAACACCCUCUCCGGCACUCCUGCGGCCGGUCUCAAGGCCACGUUGACACUGCUACAGAAGAACUCGUUGUAUGCAUCGGCGGAGACGUUCAGCGCCGUCACCAAUGAUGAUGGACGCGUGAAAGAGUGGGAAGCUUCAUCGUCCACAGGCCGAACUUUGAUGGAGGUUAUGGACUGGUUCGGUCCAGGUGAACGAAUACCCUGGAGUAUCAAGUUUGAAGUUGGCCCAUGGUAUGAGAGUCAGGGGGUGGAAUCCUUCUGGCCCGAGGUCGAGGUCAAAUUCUACGUCAAGAAAGGAGAGAGACACUAUCAUGUCCCAGUUCUGGUCGGACCGUGGACUUACACAACCUAUCGAGGGUCAUAA